AUGGCACCUUUGCUUGGCACAGAUGGUAAUUGGGAUGGAAAUGCUGCAUGCUCAUCCCGCAAAUCCGACAUAUCAGUGCCUCAUCUCAAGAGUAUUCUUUAUGUUGACUCAUACGACUCGUUUUCUUACAAUGUCGUUGCGAUGCUUGAGGAAACGCUCAGCGUUAAAGUCACCGUGAUGACUAUCGACUCCGAGUGGCCUGAUGGGAACAUGCACGAAUUCCUGCGCCAUUAUGAAGCCAUAGUCCUCGGGCCUGGACCUGGAGACCCCUCAAUUCCCAAAGAUGUUGGCAUCAUGAAGGAUAUUUGGAAUUUGCAGGAUGCCGAGUUGCUCCCGGUUUUCGGGAUCUGUCUCGGGUUUCAGAGUUUGUGCUUACAUCACGGCAUUCCCAUCGAAAGACUGCCUUAUCCUAUACAUGGCCAAGUUCGUCAGAUCGCCACGAGGGCCAAAGACUUAUUUGAAAAUGUUCCAUCUCUUGAAGUGACACUUUACCAUUCCCUCUACGCCAAUCUUGACGAGACGAUCGAAUCGCAAACUUCGCCAACCAAUGACCUAGACUUUCUGGCAUCUUUGACUUUGGAGGAUGGCGACAGUUCGACCAACCGGAUUCCAAUGGCCGUUCGACAUCGCCACAAGCCAUUCUGGGGUGUUCAGUUUCACCCCGAAUCAUGCAAGUCAGAAAGAGAAGCGUGCAAGACACUGUUGCGAAAUUGGUGGCAAUUGGCUCUUAAAUAUAACAAAGUAUCUGGCCGCGGUGGUUAUGCCCAACUACCUACCGCAAUAAUCAGCCCUUGUGAAGAUACCACACCUUUUCCGAACAUCGCAUAUGACAUGUUGAACUGGAGCUCCGCUACGUCUGUGUGUUCCGCGCAUCGAGUAUUUGCCCGGGACUCUUUGAGCGUCGAGACCAUCAGUGACCUAUUCAACGCUCCAGGAUCUCCCACGGUGCUCUUUCAAUCCAAUGGCCGAUAUAGCAUUAUCUCAGUCCCGAGCCCUGGAUCUUGGAGGUUGGAAUACUGGGCCGACACGCAAACUAUCAAGAUGUACCAACUGCACGGCAAAGAGCAGAUGAUAGAGAAGCGCAUCUCUGUCGAUCAGCUAUGGGAUGCUUUGCGUUACUUGAUGGAAAUGAAGAAGGUCGAUUCUGGAAGUUCUCAGAUUCCCUUUUGGGGCGGCUUCCUAGGAUACUUCUCCUACGAGCUUGGCCUAGCCUGCCUUCCUCAUUCCCAUGGGUCGUCACCGACACCUCCGGUUUCUGGUAAUUCAAAUGGCAGUUCUCGGGAAGGUCUCCCGGAUGUCAGUCUGCUAUGGUGUGAGCGAAGUAUCGUGAUUGACAACACUACCGGGGAUGCUGUGGUUCAAUCAAUCAUUGAUUCGGACGAUUUGCCUCUUGGGUGGCUUGAUGAAACUUUACAGCUCCUGCAAGAGUGUUCCCGUGGCCCAGAAGACAGCCAAGGCGAUGAUGUUGCUUUUCUAGAUCCUAUCCUCCGUGAGGGCAUCCACUCAACUCCCAAUGAGUCGGAGUACAAACAAAAAAUCGCAGCUUGUCAAGCACAGCUCGAAGCUGGUGAAUCUUAUGAGCUUUGCCUUACAGGCGAGACAUCAAUUUCCCUUCCCAUCCCAACCCGAGAAAACGAUCGACUCGAAUUCCCAUGGAAGCUAUACAAAAAAUUGAGAAAGUACAAUCCGGCUGCAUUCAGUGCAUUCGGAGACCUUGGAAAUACAAAGAUUGUCAGCAGCAGCCCGGAAUGUUUCCUCAAUUGGGACCGCACCUCCAUGCUAGAAAUGAAGCCGAUGAAAGGCACCGUGAGAAAGUCACCCUCGAUGACUUUUGAAAGGGCCAAGGCAAUCCUAGGAUCGUCGAAGGAAAUGGCCGAGAAUCUGAUGAUCGCCGAUCUAAUUCGGCAUGACUUAUAUGGCAUCUGCGGCUCUGGUGGCGUUCGCGUUGAGAAGCUUCUCGAGGUCGAAGAUCAUGGCCGAGUCUACCAAAUGAUCACCCAUGUCAAGGGCGAAGUCAACCCUGAAAAGCUGGGAUGUUCUGUCCGCCACAUGCCACAACUCAAAACCUCGAAUAUGGCUGUUCAUGGUCUCACGGCUCUUCAACGAUGCUUACCGCCUGGUUCUAUGACCGGGGCACCCAAAGAACGCUCCUGUAUGCACCUUCAAACCAUCGAAGCGCGCAAGCGCGGAAUCUACUCUGGCGUCAUGGGCUAUCUUGAUUUGGGUGGUGGUGGAAGCUUCUCGGUUCUGAUCCGUACCGCUUUCACCUCUAACUCGGCGAAUGCUUCCAAUCGACAAGUCUGGAAAAUUGGUGCCGGCGGCGCUAUCACUACUUUGAGCACCGCCGAGGGCGAGUGGCAGGAAAUGCUGACCAAACUGAACACUGUCCAAAAUGUCUUCAGGCCAUCCAAUACUGCCUGA